ACAAGAGAGAUAAACAUCAUCAAAGGCAGCCAGAGAGAGAGAGAGAGAGAGAGAGAAAGAGUGAUCAUCAGAGAGAGAAAUGAAAAGGGAGUGUGAUCAGAGGAGGCAGAAAAGCAGCCAGACAAAACCCUCUCAGUUUGGAUCUGAUGAGACGCAACAGUGAACCCACAGUGGACAGAGAGAGGAGUUUGAGUCCAGUCGGCUGUCUGUCGGCCGUCUCUGUCUUGGACAUGCUGCCGGAGUUAGCGUCCACAGUGUUAGCGUCCACAGUAGGCCUGCUGAGGGACAGCGCUGCUGUUCAGAGCAUCAACAGGAGGCUCAACAGGAGAACCAUGUCAUCUCCAGAGAUGUGUUGGCCAGUGCCGAUGCGAGCCAUCGGGGCGCAGAACCUCCUCACCAUGCCGGGAGGAGUUUCCACUUCAGGAUACCUCCACAAGAAGGGAGGCAGCCAGUUCAGCCUUAUGAAAUGGCCACUGAGGUACAUCAUCAUCCAUAAGUGCUGUGUUUACUACUUUAAGAGCAGCACCUCUCCCGCACCACAGGGGGCAUUCUCUCUCAACGGCUACAACAGAAUUAUGAGAGCAGCAGAGGAGACAACGUCCAGUAAUGUGUUUCCUUUUAAGAUCGUCCAUUUCAGUAAGAAACACAGGACGUGGUUUUUCUCUGCAGCCAGCGAGGACGAGAGGAGGAAAUGGAUGCGAUACCUGCGAAGGGAGAUAGAUCACUAUAACGACAGAAAAGAGUCCCAGAUUUCAAGUGACUCAGACACAGAUGCCGACAGUUUCUAUGGCACCAUUGAGAAGCCCAUGGAUAUUAAGCAACCCUUCAAUAACGCAGAAGACGAUUAUGUGGAGGACGACGAUGACGAUGAUGACGAUGAGGAAGACUAUCUGAAGCCAGACGCCGAAAGUUCGCCGACAUCGACAGGUCGAGCCACGGUGCCGCCCCCCUCCUACCCCCCUCCCCCAGUGCCGGCAGGAUCCCAGUUCCGUCAAGACUCCCAUCCAGGUUUCCACAAAGGCCCGCCUCCUGCCGUCCCGCCUCAAAACAAAAUCCUGACCACCUCACUCCCCAAAAAAACCCCGCCCUCUGUGCCCACUCCCUCCAUACUGAAGGACCCCAACAAAGGCCUGCCCCCUCCUCUCCCCUUUGCCCCCCACCUGCACAGGUCAAUCCCCCCCCCGCCGCCUCCUCCUCCCCCCAACGCAAAGAAAACUCUGCAGAGCAGGGUGACAUCAGUGGGGGGGCCCGGGAACGAUAAGAGAGACUGGAGGCCUCUGCCGAAUUUAUCGGUCCAAACCCCCGCCACUCUGCCCAUCUGUGACCAAUUAGAGAGCAGGAUGGCCCUCAAUGGUCCCUCCCACCGCUCCCUUAAUGCUUUAGGGAGCCAAUCAAUGUGCAGCAACCACCACCGGGAGAUGAGCAACCCCCGCGGCAAGCCGAGCCUACCUCCUCAGGUAAAUAUUGGAGGGGCUAACCUCAGACCUGUGAAGUCAGAAGCCCUGUCACUCAACAAGACGCCCCCCAGUCACCCCCCACUGCCUUGCCACCCUCCAAUCCCUCCUCUACUUAAAGCUGGACUACUAAAUAAGCCAGCUGUACCUAAACCUCCUCCGCCAACAUUAAAACCCUCGCUGCCUGCAGCCAAGCCCAAGCAGCCAGGCACACCCCUUCAAAGAGCAUCUCCAGACGGCCAGAGCUUCCGUUCGUUGGGAGACGAGACGCCCACGGAGUUCAGGAUGAAACGAGACUCCAAACCCAGCGGAGGAUACGAGUCGGAUGAUGACUACGAGAAUAUGCAGCUGCCAGACUCCGUGUUCAUCGAUACGACUGAAUCCAGCUUCGUAGAAAAGUUGUUCAAAGAGAGCCCCGUCCCCCCACAGGAUGGACUGUACGGCAUCAGGAACUCGGGAACCAAAACGUCAAAGGUGCUGGUGGUGUGGGAUAUUAGCAUAGGCAAAGUCAGAAACUACCGACUCUUUGAAGAGGAGGACUCUGUGUAUCUGGACAGUGAAGUCCUCUUCCCCACCCUGUCAGCUGUGAUCGAACACUACCACAGCCAUCCGCUCCCCCACCACGGCUCGCUCUGCCUGCAGAAGCCCUACACCAAGACACUGGGCUUCUGACCAACGCAGUCGAUCCAUAGCAGAACAAGUCAUGGAGACAAAGUCGCCCGCGCAGAUGAAAUAACAGACCACUCCUCUCUCUGUUCAGUGGGAAAAACCUUCAUGCAACGCUUCAUGUUAAACAGCAAGGACAGUAACAUUCGGACAAGCUUGGGUUAUCCCAACUGUGAUAACAAGACGAAGACAGUUAAUGGGACUUUAUUUAACUCACACUAAGCCAAACUAGACUCAUAUCUUCACACAGCAAGCCCUCAUCAUCUUUUAUGCACUGAAAACAUCAGUAUAUGUGUAAAGUACAGGUCAAUUAUUAAGGGAAUAUAAUAUAUUUAUUACCCGUUGUGAAAUCUGUCAAACUCUCUGGACCAAAAAUCUUAAAAGGGGAACUUAGACAAUUUCCAAACUUCAUACAUGUUAUUCCAAUAGUCUAAUGUAGUCCAAAACUGUAAGAAACAUGAAGAACUCUCUCUGAAAUCC